ACGCGAAAAGACAGUAAGAACAUGAGAGUCGAAUAAUACCAGUCCCAGUGAAAGCGUAGCUCCGUAGUCCCCGUCCAGGAGUUAACCACAAAUUACAACACAGGAAGGAGAGGUGAUACUGAAAGAGCAGGCCAACGAAUGAGAAGCUCAAAGAUAUUCAAACGGGUUGGGAAGGUGAAUCGAAUUGCUCCGCCGAGGAUUCGCUUGCAAGUCGACUAAAUCCAUCAUGGCAAAGGCUACAUGUCGCCAUAUGGCUUGCGGCUUAUCCCAAAUAUCGCUCAAAUUCGCACAGCCUUCAGCCACCCAGAACGUUCGGUUCAGUAGUUGCUCUUCCGCCGACGUACUGACAUAUCAUUGGGUUCUUUCGUCAUCCUCUGUGUACUCCGAUUUCGAAGAUGAAUCCCCGGCCCCCUCCCCUGAGAGCACGGACCCGUCUAGCUACAGUGAAUCUGAUAUGGACGUAUCCGAGUUUGAUGCAAGAGAGCCGUCGAUCUUCUCCUAUAGUUCGAGUCGAAACGGGCGCGACUUCCUAAGGGAGUCUGACGGAAGAGUCUUCAAUGCUCAAAGCGACGUAUACUUCUUACCGGCAGGUACGUACGUACGGGGUACUCUCAGCCGGCGACGUCGCUUGUAUGCUCGCAUACUAACCUUGGUUUACUCAGACGAAGUAGAAUUUGAUCGUCUGUGAGUUCACCCCAGCUUGACACGUUGCUUAUCACGGCUACUGAACCGAGUGCGUAGCGGAUUGCAGCAUCGGAUACACUAUCACGUCUUUAAUUCACUUUAUCCUGGCGGAGAUCUUGUAGAUAAGACACUAGCCUAUGAAUGGGGGGUCGAGAAAGCCGUGCUUGACGUGGGAUCAGG